AUGCCCUGGCGAAACGCGGACGCAUACGGCUCCCAGCAAUAUGCCGCCUUCGCUGACCCGAGCGGCUUCAAUUUUGCCUACGAUGUGGGCUCGGACAACUUCAUGAGCCCGUAUGCAUUUCCUCAUAUGUCGCCUGAAGCCGCAUGGACGCCAGCAUCUCAACAAUUCACUACGUCAAAUCAGUCAGACUCAUUAUCACCUCUCGAGAUCAGCAAUUUCACAUCGCCUUCUCAGGAUCAAGACCUGCAGUAUGCGCCAUCUGGAAAUGCUUCCGUCCAUUCUGAUGAGAAUUCGGUCGCUGCUUUCGCUGCUGCUCGCCAGUCUUAUCUAGAUCAGCAGAAGCCUGCGAUGCAGAUGCCUGAUUCUGCCGACUUCUCUCACGGCCAGAAACGCGAUGCGUCUUUCUUGGACACUGCACCCUCUCAAAACGAUACCGACCGAACAGGUCAUAAGCAGCAGGCUACAGCUGCUCCAUCCACCUCUCCUUCGGCUGUGCCAAUCAAGUCGCGGCAAAGUUCUACCGACGGUAGUCUUGACGAAACUUCUGCCGCUGCUCGUGUUCGCACGACCGACUCCGCUAAAGUACGACACAACAUCGUAGAACGACGAUACCGCGAGAACAUCAACGCACAAGUCGAUGUGCUACGUGAGAGCAUUGUCGCCACCGUUCACUCGAAGGAAGAACAACAGGGCGGUUCUGCUUCGCGCCUGGGUGCCGAUGAGCUCAAAAGACUCACCAAAGCUGCGGUCAUCGCAGCGGCCACAAAACAAAUCAGACGCGCUAGAACGGAGAACGAACGCUUGCUCGAUGAGCACCGCUCGCUGCAGGCUCAGAUCCGAGAACUCGAGAGUCUGGUGAAGUGUGGUGACUGCCCGCUCAUGAAGCUGACGGUCGAUCUCAGCUUGGAGAGUCCUACGCAGCCACCCUGA